AUCCACUUGAUGGCAAUUUCGCACCAAAAUGCCAACAAAUGAAAAUCAGUAUUUUGCUACCGAUUUAUCAUUUUGUGGUCGGUUUGCAUUUGCUCCUACUGAUAUUCCGCUCAGGGAUAAUUAGCACUGGGUCUGGAACGUGCACGAGCGAGGUGCACUGCCAACAACUGCGACUCCCUUUCUCAGCCACAAAUGACCCAAUCCUCAAAAGGAUAAACCUCUAAAAAUAAACUUCAAUUUUCAGUUUAAAACUGCAAAAUCAAGAAACAUCACAAUUUUCGACCAGUUUUCUCCAAAAUUCAUCACCCUCGAUCACAAAAUGCUUCUUCAAAGUACUGCCACUUUCACAUCCACCCGUUUCCCCUCAUCAAAGACAACAUUCAAUUCCCAAAAUUUUAUCAAAAGAAACACUAGAAUAUCAGCUCAAAUUCUAACCAACGAGAACAAGUUCUCAAUCUCAGACCAAGCACUUGAGUCUCGAGGAUUCAAUCUACAUCGUACAUUCGAAGAACUCGAUCUUGAUCAACUAAACACAGUAUUUGUUGCAGUUGGAUUUCCAAAACGAGAUACAAACAAGAUUCGAAUAGCAUUAGAACAUACAGAUUCACUGUUAUGGAUUGAAGAUACGAGAUUCAGAAAGCCAGUUGCAUUUGCAAGAGCAACAGGAGAUGGUGUAUUUAAUGCUAUAAUAUGGGAUGUUGUUGUUGAUCCUUCUUAUCAAGGAAUUGGAUUAGGAAAAGCUGUAAUGGAAAGAUUACUUGAGGAGUUGUUACAGAAAGGGAUUAGUAAUAUUGCUUUGUAUUCAGAGCCUAGAGUGUUAGGAUUUUAUAAACCAUUAGGAUUUACUGCUGAUCCUGAUGGGAUUAGAGGUAUGGUUUAUUCAAGGAGACAGAAGAAGAGAUAGUAUACCUGUGAAUGAAAAUAAAAUAUUUUGUUCUUCAUUUUCUUUGGUUUUGUUAAGUAUAACCAGAUUUUGGGCGGGUGGCGCGUAUGGGGCAUUUUUUUUCUUUUUUUAACCAUAUUGUUGGUGUAAUCUGGCUUCGCCUCGUUCUGUCGUGUAUUUUUUAUUAUGUGUCGUGGGGCUUCGUCCCAUCCCGUCACAAUGCCUUUUUGAAUUGGUGUGUCUUAGCUUGGCUACGCCUCGCCCCAUCGCUUAGGGUUUUUGAUUUGGCGUGGCUUUGUCAAUUAGGAUUCUAAGUAAACAGAAUAAGAGCUUGGUAUUC